CCGGACCUGCAUCUACCCCCUUUACUAUCAGUGCAGCCCAAUCAGCCACGCAAAACAGUGUUGAGUGGCAGCAAAUCUGUCCAAUUAGCUGAGUCGCUUUCUAUACACCCACUCCUUUCGAAACACCUACUCGCCCAAACUCCGCUCGCCAUAUCGAGUUGCAGCAACCCAUUCUCGAGUUAGUGCCUACAAAAAGACGCCAUUACUAUUUCUCUCCAUGGGCGUAGUCCUUCUUCCCAACAUAAUGGCCCUAAAACUACAUCUCCCACGGCGCACAACUGUAGACCUGAAACUGUAUUCCUCAUAAUCGAUGAUCUCAACUUAGUUUCCUCUCUAGUGGCAUGAAGUAGGCUAGCUGGUGGAAGAUAGGUACCGGGGCUAUGGAGCGAGCUGAAAAUACUAUCUGAUAACGGUAUCCGCUGAACUUUUUGUUCACAUCAAAAAGUUGAGGACCCAACACAGCCAUGCAGUUCAAAUACAGAAGGCACUGAUUUAUUUUUAUAUGCUUUUCUGUUGUCCUUCAAGUGCUGGCCAAGAUGUCUGUGGAGGAACAGGAAUAUCCAGAGGCGACUCUGGUUGCAGAGGCCGGGCCGCAGUGGUUUCGGGCGGAAUUAGAACGCCUAUCCCGGGAGUUGAGCGAGACGACUCAUGAGAAGAUCCAAGCGGCGGAAUACGGGCUUGCGGUGCUCGAAGAGAAGCAACUGCUCAAACAGCGGUAUGAUGAGUUGGAGACUGAGUUCGAGACCGUUCGGCAGGAACUCGACCAGCUGAAGGAGGCGUUUGGUCAGGCCUACUCCACCCAUAGGAAGGUGGCUGCAGAUGGGGAGAGCAGGGAGGAGUCACUGAUGCUGGAGUCAGCCAGUAAGGAGGCCCAAUAUCAGCAGAUGGUCCUGGAGCUGCAGAAUGAGCUGCGGUUGGCCAGAACUGCCCUCACUAGCACCCAAUCAGAGAACGAGCGCCUGGCUGCCGUCGCCCUGGAAAUGAGAGAGAGCUCUGAGCAGGUGGAGUUGCAGCGCACCCAACUGCGUGAUGACAUCCGAGAGUAUAAAGUGCGGGAGGCACGACUGCUGCAGGACUACAGUGAGCUGGAGGAUGAGAACAUCUCCCUGCAGAAACAGGUGUCCCUGCUACGACAGAGCCAGGUGGAGUUUGAGGGUCUGAAGCAUGAGAUCCGUCGCCUGGAGGAAGACUCCCAGUGCCUCCACAGCCAGCAGGAGGAGGCCAUGCGCCUGAGGGAGAUCGCCGAGCGCCAGCUGACCGAGGCUCUGGAGACCAUUAAGACUGAGCGAGAGCAGAAGGCCGCCCUGCGUAAAGAACUGUCCCACUACAUGACCAUUGGGGACAACCUGUUACCAUACCACCACAGUUCCCUCAACGUCUCCCUGGACGGACUCAAGUUCAGCGAGGAUCCCACUGCUGCCACCAACGUGCCGAACAACGAUGACUCGUUCCGCGGCUACGAGAACGGCCUGGCCGAGAUGGCCGCCGACGCCAACGAAGAUAACAAAGCCAAACUUCGGCCCGCCCCCAGCCUAGUGGAUGACCUGCUGAGUGAACUCAACAUCUCAGAAAUCCAGAAACUCAAGCAGCAGCUCAUGCAGGUGGAGCGAGAGAAGGCGGCGCUCCUCUCCUCUCUGCAGGAGUCCCAGAAGCAGCUGGAGGUGGCCCACGGGACUCUGUCAGAGCAGCAGGAGACGGUGGGACGGCUCACCGAGAACCUCAGUGCCAUGAGGAAACUCCAGGCCAGCAAGGAGCGCCACUCGGCCCCGGACAGCGAGAAAGAGCGAGACAGCCGCGAUGACGGUGACGGGGACUACUACGAGUUGGACAUCAACGGGCCUGAGAUCCUGCAGUGUAAGUAUACCAUCGCCGUAUCAGAAGCCGGGGAGCUCAGACAGGAGCUGAAGACUCUUAAAGCCGAGUACCAGUCUUGCCGGAGCCAGUACGAAGAAGAGCGAGUCCGCCUGGAGAGCGACGUGGCAGGGCUGAGCGAAAAGCUGGCCUCCCUGGAGAAGAGCAGCCGGGAGGAGCACGAGGAGGUGGCGAGGCUGGUGAAAGAGCUGCGGCGAGUGAGUGAAGCGGUUGGCGAGUCGCAGGGAAGCCUGAACGUGGCGCAGGACGAACUGGUGACGUUCAGCGAGGAGCUGGCCAACCUUUAUAACCACGUGUGCAUGUGCAACAACGAGACGCCCAGCCGGGUCAUGCUCGACUACUAUAAGGAAGGAAAGGCCAGUAUAGGGGGCAGGGGCAGCCGAGAGGGGAAGACACAACAUCUGUCCCAUGUUCUGCUCUCCAAUGGGCUGGUUCCUGAAACUGAACCCAUUAAAUCUGAAGCCAGUGAUCCAGCCACCCCAGCCCCAAUCCCAGAGUCCCGUUCAGAGCCCAUGAACAUCUAUAACCUAGUUGCCAUCAUCAGGGACCAGAUCCGUCACCUGCAGCAGGCGGUGGACCGCACCACAGAGCUGAGCCGCCAGAGGAUGGCCUCCAUGGAGCUGGGUACUGUGACCGAUAAGGACAAGGAGGCCUGCAUGGGGGAAAUCCUCAAACUCAAGUCUCUGCUCAGCACCAAGAGAGAGCAGAUUGCCACCCUGAGGACCGUGCUCAAGGCCAACAAACAGACGGCUGAGGUGGCGCUGGCCAACCUGAAGAGUAAAUACGACAACGAGAAGACCAUGGUGACCGAGACCAUGUUGAAGCUCCGCAAUGAGCUCAAGGGCCUGAAAGAGGACGCUGCCACCUUCACUUCAUUACGGGCCAUGUUUGCCACAAGGUGUGACGAGUAUGUGACCCAGCUGGAUGACAUGCAGAGGCAGCUGGCUGCAGCGGAGGAUGAGAAGAAGACCCUGAACUCCCUGCUCCGCAUGGCCAUCCAGCAGAAGCUGGCCCUGACCCAACGACUGGAGGACCUGGAGUUCGACCACGAACAGGCGCGCCGCGGCGGGGGAGUGGCGGCAGGCGGGCGGGGAAAAACCUCCUCAUUGGCGCGGGGCAAAGGGGCAUCGGCCAAUCAUUAUGUAAGUCAGAGACGUUCCUGCAGGGUUCUCCCCGAGCCCAGCGGCAUCCUGGGAGGCCCCGUGGUCCUCUGCAGCGAGAUUUACUUUGACCUUUGAACUCUAACCUCCAUCAUAACCUCUAACCUCCAUCAUAACCGCUAACCUCUCAUCACGCUAUGCACUGCUGAGCUUCACCGGCAUGGUUCUGUCAAGGCUGUUGCUGUGACUAGGACAGUGGUGGCUAACGGUGUGCUUGUAUUUACUACUAUGUGAUAUGUGUACUAUGUGUAUUUACUAGCUAUGUGUUCAUAUCCAGCAUGGCAUGAUGCUAGCUUGGCUCAGGCAUACCUUUUCUGCUAGUAAUUCUCACGGAGUGGCAGAAUGUUGGCAAGGUUGUAGAAUUUACUGUUCAGAGCAGUUCAGAGCAGGUGUGUGUACAUAAAUUAAUCUGUUAUAUCUGUGUUAUUUCAUGUUUAUGACAGUGUAGCUCUUAUGACGAAGGCUUCAAGUAAAGUGUAACUGAGUAAGCUUAUGACUUUCAGACAGGCAGCAGUGCAGGCUGCAGAAAGACCUCUGCUGCUUCCGUCUGGUCCACACCAUUCGGGGACCAUUCAAACAGUGCAAUGAAAUGUACUGUUGCUGCUAAAUAAAAGGGCACUGUGGCUAAGCACUUGUGAUAUCACUUUUGCUGUGAUAUCACAAAGUGAUAACUGUGAUGUGGCACAUUCAGGUUUACAGAUUAAGUUCCCUGGCACUUGAUGUAAUAGAGAUUGUAGAGCAAUUUUCAUUGCAAAGGCAAAUAGAGCACUUCUAAAUGAGGGUUAGUUACCAACUCUAAUUAAGGAAUAAGUAUUUUAAAAAUGAUAUAUGGGUCUAGUUUUGUGUGAAUUAGCCUGGUGGUUUUGAAAUGUUUAGUGAGGACUUUCAGAGUAAGGUGAAGACUGAGUGAAUCUGUUCCGUACACUCCAACUCUCUUAUAACCCUCAUCCAUGUCUGCCCCAUCCUCCUCAUCUUCUCCUACCUGUCUGCAGAAAUCUGUAUGCUGGUGUAACUUACAUUUACCUCAUAACUCAUGAUCAUCCCUAACCUGCACGUUGAGUACCAUACUUGUGAGUCUUCUGCUUCCUGCAGCCAGUUGCAUCAUGGUCAGCCAAGACUCCACUGUGCAUGACUAACCCUUACCAUCCUAACCCCACUGACUCCCCCACCUUACCAUGCCACUAACGCGGGAAAUGAUUUCAUCAACUUAGAUUGAUUAUCAUUUGGUCAGUCUUCAUUUGAUACAAACUCUCAGAUUUUAAUGUUAUUCAAUUUUCUCUCCAUUUUACAGUAAUUUAAUCAAGCCCAGUGUCCCCUUCAAAGGUUGACAGUUGCCGAUGAUUACUUCAGUACCCCCCCUGUGGCCUGAGACCCAUGUCAGAGACACACACUGCUGUAAUGCGAGGACUUUGUGCAAACACACACCAGAGUAUGUGAGCGGAGUUGAGCGGUCAGAGAUCCCACUCAUUGCUCACAGAGUAGUCUUCUGCCACUCCAAAUUCACUCCAUUCAUUUUGUGUUUAAAAAUGAUCAUUUAACAAACACCCCAUCUACUUUUGUGACACUGUACUCAUAUCAACAUCUCUUUGCAUUAGUGAUGGGGUAGGCUAAAUAAAUACAACAGAAUAGGCAUAAUUAAAAGAACAUAGUGAGGGAAAUGCUGGCCAGAGCAUGCCCAAAUGAAGCAGGAUAGAAGGUCGGCGCUCCAACGUUUUAGAAAUUCGCUCCACGCUCCAGCCGAAUGAAGCACGCUCCACUUCAGCUCCACUCUGCUCACGUCCUCUGACACACACACACACACACACACAUAUGCUCCAGGCCCCUAGACACACGUGAAACCCCCAGGGGUUUGGUCCCUCUGUGCGGCUACAGGAAACAAGAAAGUCUCCUCGGUAUGAUGACCAAUAGAGGUCUAUUUCUAUGGAUAUGACCGACAGUUUGAUCCUCAUUUGUGAUCCAGUCACUCACUCCACAUUGUCCACCUCUAUACUAUUAUAACUCUUGUGUCUUUCCCCCGACUACAGCCGACUCCAACUCAACUCCACGAUUUACGAUGGAGUCGAGUGGUGUCUAGUGUUGGCGAACUGGAGCGCCGAAGUGACAUAAAAACCCACUGUCGCGUGUAAUUGCGGGCUAUGUUUUGGGUGCUGAAAUCAUUUGAUGUGAUAGUCGCCGCUCAACUCCAUCGUAAAUCAUGGAGUUGAGUUUAAUCGGCUACCCGGAUGACUGCGCCAUUUUAAUGUAUUUAUUUAUCUUUGUUUAUCUCAGUGAACGUGUGAGGUGUUCAUAAGCUUUUUGUUGCAUUUAAUAAUUGUUGAUAAUUGGAGCAUUCGUAAUAGAAUUUCCAUGGAGAGCAAACCUGUGUUGAUUUAUAUUUAUUUGUAGAGAAAGAUCAGAGGCAGGAAAGUCAUAGGAACUAAAGUGACUUGCUACAGUUUUCCCGAGGGUCAAUAUUCAGUGGGACUCCUAGGCUAAUGUAAGAAAUCUUGAUUGGAAUGAGUCCUUUCUCUCUUUUGUUUUAAAUCUUGUCACAUGUAUUUAGAUGUUUUAUUUAACCUUUAUUUAUCCAGGCGAGUCAAUUAAAAACAAAUUAUUCUUUACAAUGACCGCCUGGCAAAUUUUUAUAAUGUUCAAGAAGGCUUUUUGGCACCUUAUUCUUCUAUCUUCUGGUCUUAGUUUUGACUAGUAGUGCCUUUCUGUCCACAAAAGAGAAGCUAGAUUUAGUUUUUAAUGUUUUCAAUGUCUUUGAGAAGGAAUUUGGGUGAGAGGUUUUGACCCCAGUCAUUACAGAUUGAGGAAAAUAACAGGAACUGUGGUGAAUUCUUUGAAGUGAUUCUGUGAUCCUCCAAACGUGCAGAAUUGCAAAUUUAGGGGCUGUUAUUAUGAUGUAUUAUUAUAAAGAAAACCCGUAUUUUAAACGUUUUGAUACCAUAACUGUUAACUUUGGCUGCCGAGUUAGUGGCGAGAGGCAUUUACAACAGUGGCUAAUUGAGAGAUUACUAAUGCACAUACUUACUUAUACUCUAGUGUGUGUGGCAAAGGUCAGGCAAUGUCAAUAUAGAAUUGACAAGUAUGGAGGAUAAUUUCUUUGUCUGUUUUAAUGCAAUUUUAUUUGCCCUUUUUAUGUCCUCUAAUAGAGUUGUUGUAACUUCAGCAAACAGAAGAGGUAAAGUCAUCAACACUUCUGCAGUGCCAUUUAAUUCACAGCUUUGUUGAUGCAAUAAAAGUUAUGUUUAUGACUUUCUUUUUUUUUUACAAGUGCAAUUUAAACGCAGUAUCAAUAUGGAAAUACGGUAUAAAAAUGCUGUCUGUUUGCUGAUGCUAUUGUUAUGUUUUACUACUUACUCACAAUCUUGAUCCAAUUUGAGUUUAUCUUUGUACUAAAUAACUUGUUUGUAUUUAUUUUAAACAAUGUCAUGUAUGUUCGUAUUGUCAAUAAUGUGGAUUAUGAUUAGUGGCAUAUUGAUACCAUGUUGAUGUCAUUUUCCAUGUUUUCUUCAAGGGACUUUGGGUGGAGAUGGUGGUCGCAUUCCACUGCUUGGUUCGUUGCAUGCAUCAACCAAUGGUUGCAUGCCAUGUCAUUGACUGACAGAUUGCAAUAACAUAAUGAUGUGGUUAGCUGAUAGGUAAGAUCUGGCAACGUCUAAGCAGUGGAAAUAGAAGCCAGUAGCCUACUUACCUAUGUGGUGAUGAUGAUGAUGUUGCACUGGCAAGGUGCAUGCUUAAUAGUAUAAACUUAACUUCAGACUUAAUGUUGUGUUGUUGAGGUUAUUAAAACAUGUAUAUUGAUCCUAU